AUGGCGUCCAGCUCCUUUCCCGCCAUUUUUCUCACAUUGACAAUAUUCCUCCUCUUCAUCGCCUUCCCCUGGGCUCACUCGUCGACUCUCGGAAUCCGAUACAUCUCGAAGCUUCUUGAUAAGCAGGACCGCGAGAGGGCUCCUCCCUCGCUCCAAGUUGCCGCUGCUCGCGGCGUCCUUCGCCGGCUUCUUCCUUCCCAUUCUUCCAGCUUCGACUUCCAAAUCAUCUCUAAGGAGCAAUGUGGUGGUUCAUCUUGCUUCAUCAUCAGAAAUAAUCCUUCCUUUCUUAGACGUGGAGACCGAGAAAUUUUGAUUACUGGGGUCACUGGCGUGGAGAUUUUGGCUGGUCUUCACUGGUAUUUGAAAAACUGGUGUGGUUCACACAUAUCCUGGGAAAAGACUGGCGGGGUUCAACUAUUUUCAGUGCCAAAAUCCGAAUUUCUUCCCCGUGUUAACGACGAUGGUGUUUUGGUCCAAAGACCUAUUCCUUGGAGCUACUACCAGAAUGCUGUUACAUCUAGCUAUACUUUUGCUUGGUGGGAUUGGGAAAGAUGGGAGAAGGAGAUUGAUUGGAUGGCUCUCCAAGGUAUCAAUCUACCGUUAGCAUUCACAGGGCAAGAGGCUAUUUGGCAGAAAGUUUUUCAGAAAUUUAAUCUAAGCAGUUCAGAUUUGGAUGAUUUUUUUGGAGGCCCCGCGUUUCUCGCAUGGUCUCGUAUGGGAAAUUUGCACGGAUGGGGUGGACCUGUGCCACAAAGUUGGCUAGACCAACAGCUGUUACUGCAGAAGAAGAUACUUCAAAGGAUGUAUGAACUUGGAAUGACUCCAGUACUUCCGGCCUUCUCUGGAAAUGUUCCUGCAGCGCUUAAAACUAGAUUCCCAUCAGCAAAGAUAACACGCUUAGCAAACUGGUUUACGGUCGAUAGCGAUACUAGAUGGUGCUGUACUUAUCUUCUUGAUGCAACUGAUCCAUUGUUUGUAGAAAUUGGGAGAGCAUUCAUUCAACAACAGCUUGAAGAAUAUGGAAGGACCAGCCACAUAUACAACUGUGACACUUUUGAUGAGAAUACUCCACCUGUUGAUGAUCCACACUUCAUUUCUUCACUGGGAGCAGCAAUAUUUCAAGGAAUGCAAAGUGGAGACAGUAAUGCCGUUUGGCUAAUGCAGGGAUGGCUAUUUUUGUAUGAUCCGUUCUGGAGACCUCCCCAAAUGAAGGCACUUUUGCAUUCUGUUCCCUUGGGAAAGCUGGUAGUUCUUGACCUAUUUGCUGAAGUGAAACCCUUAUGGAUUAGUUCCGAGCAGUUCUAUGGUGUUCCUUACAUCUGGUGCAUGUUGCACAACUUUGCUGGAAACAUUGAGAUGUAUGGCGUUUUAGAUGCAAUAGCAUCUGGACCAAUUGAUGCUCGCACUAGUAAUGAAAACUCAACAAUGGUUGGUGUUGGAAUGGCCAUGGAAGGCAUAGAACAGAAUCCUGUUGUCUAUGAUCUCAUGUCUGAGAUGGCUUUUCAUAGAAACAAAGUUUAUGUCAAGGAUUGGAUAGAUCUCUAUUCAGUUAGGCGUUAUGGCCGAUCAGUUCCUUUGAUACAAGAUGCUUGGAACAUUUUAUAUCACACUGUCUACAACUGCACAGAUGGUGCCUAUGACAAAAACAGGGAUGUAAUUGUGGCAUUUCCUGAUGUUGAUCCGUCCUUUAUAUCAAUUCCGCAAGGAAAAUUUUCCCAACAUGAAAAACAAGUUUCCAGAGGAUCAGUAAUACAGGAAAUCACUGAAUCAUUUGAGCAACCUCACUUAUGGUAUUCAACUUCUGAAGUGAUGCGUGCAUUGGAACUUUUUCUUGUAUGUGGAGGUGAACUAUCUAAAAGUAACAGUUACAGGUAUGAUCUUGUGGAUCUGACUAGACAAGUUUUAGCAAAAUAUGCAAACCAACUGUUUUUGGAAAUCAUUGAAGCCUAUCAAUCAAAUGAUGUUAAAGGAGUGACUCGCCGGAGCCAGAAAUUUUUGGAGCUAGUGGAGGAUAUUGACACGCUUUUGGCUUGCCAUGAUGGAUUUCUUCUGGGACCUUGGUUGGAAAGUGCAAAGAAACUUGCUCAAAAUGAAGAAGAGAAAAAACAGUUUGAAUGGAAUGCAAGAACUCAAGUAACUAUGUGGUUCGACAACUCGGAUGACGAACCAAGCUUACUUCGCGAUUACGGAAACAAAUACUGGAGCGGGCUUCUACGAGAUUAUUACCGCCCUCGAGCGGAAAUAUACUUUAAGUUCUUAAUCAAAAGCUUAGAGGAGGGUGAUGAUUUUCAAUUGAAGGGAUGGAGGAGAGAGUGGAUAAAGCUCACAAAUGAUUGGCAAAGAAGUAGGAAUGCAUUCCCUAUAAAAGGUGCCGGGAAUGCUCUCAACAUAUCGAAGUGGCUUUAUAACAAGUACCUGCAAAAUGUUGAAGUGCAAUCACUGAAUGAAGCAGCUGGUACAAAUCACGUUAUGUAA